UUUGGCAGGAGCCGGUCACUUUUUGCGCCGGUAACCAGGCGAGGCGCCUCAGUGCGCUCGGCGCGCCUGGGCAGAGAGGAGCGACGAGCUGGCGCCGGGGGUCCAGCCUCCCCAAGGCGCCGUCGAGACCAUGUUCCCGGGCUUGUACACGGCGCUGGCGGGUCUGCUGCUGCUGCCUCUGCUGGUGAACCUGGCAUGCCCUUACCUCUUCCAGGAUCUGGGCUUCUUCUUGCAGCUGGUGCGCGUGGCGCAAAGGUCUCGCCGCGCCGCCUCGCGCGUCCCUCCGCGGACGCUGGUGGAGGUGUUCAGGCAGCGGGCGCGCCAGGCUCCCCAAAAGCCCAUGCUGCUCUUCCGAGAAGAGGUGUACACCUACGAGCAGGUGGAGCGGCGGAGCAACCAGGUGGCCAGGGCGCUGAGGGAGCACGCAGGGCUGCGGCAGGGCGAUACCGUGGCUCUCUUCCUGGGCAACCAGCCCGCCUACGUGUGGCUGUGGCUGGGCUGCGCCAAGCUGGGCUGCGCCAUGGCCUGCCUCAACUGCAACAUCAGGGCCAGGUCCUUGGUGCAUUGCUUCCAGUGCAGCGGCGCCAAAGUGCUGCUGGCCGACCCAGAAUUAGCAUCAGCCAUUGAAGAAGUGCUUCCAGCCCUGAAGGAAGAGAAUGUGACUAUCUAUUACUUAAGCAGGACCUCCGAGACAGAGGGGAUCGACAGUUUCAUUGACAAAAUGGAUGCUGCUUCAGAUGAGCCUAUUCCAGUGUCUUGGAGAUCAAAUGUCACUUUUAAAAGUCCUGCCCUGUACAUAUAUACCUCUGGGACUACAGGUCUCCCAAAAGCUGCGUUGAUUACCCAUGAACGCACGUUAUUGGCCUGUGGUCUGAUCAUUGCCAGCGGUGUUACUUCAGCAGAUGUUAUCUAUACCGCUCUGCCACUCUAUCAUAGCGCCGCCCUUUUAAUUGGGGUACACGGCUGCAUCCUGCAAGGUGCUACUCUUGCAUUACGUUCAAAAUUUUCAGCUACCCAGUUUUGGGAUGACUGCAGAAAAUACAACGUAACUGUCAUACAGUACAUCGGAGAGGUGCUUCGCUAUUUAUGCAAUGUGCCCAAGAAAGACAACGAUCGCAACCAUAGGGUAAGAAUUGCCUUGGGUAAUGGCUUAAGGGCUGACGUUUGGAGGGAAUUCAUCCGGAGGUUUGGAAACAUACGCAUUUUUGAGUUUUACGCAGCCACGGAAGGCAAUGUAGGCUUUGUGAACUAUACUGGGAAAAUCGGAGCCGUGGGAAGAUUAAAUUAUUUGCAUAAGAAAAUAAUGCGCUAUGACCUGAUUAAAUAUGAUGUAGAGAAAGAUGAACCUUUCCGAAAUGAAGACGGCUACUGUAUAAAAGUUCCUAAAGGUGAAGUGGGACUGUUAGUUUGUAAAAUAACACGGUUUGCACCAUUUAGUGGAUAUGUGGGAGCCAAGAGCCAGACUGAAAAGAAAAAGCUGAGAGAUGUGUUCCAGAAAGGGGAUUUAUAUUUCAACAGUGGUGAUCUUUUAAUGAUUGACCAUAACAACUUCAUUUAUUUCCAUGACCGAGUUGGAGACACAUUCCGAUGGAAAGGAGAAAAUGUUGCUACAACUGAAGUUGCAGAUAUUCUGGGACUGAUCAACUUUAUUCAGGAGGCAAAUGUCUAUGGCGUGCCCAUUCCAGGUCACGAGGGCAGGAUAGGCAUGGCAUCCAUACGCCUAACAGACGGCUGUGAAUUUGAUGGGGGACAACUCUACAAACACGUUGUAGACUACCUGCCUGCUUAUGCAAGGCCUUGUUUUGUGAGGAUCCAGGAUGCCAUUGAGGUCACCGGAACAUUCAAACACCGGAAGGUGCAGUUAGCCCAAGAAGGAUUUGACCCAGCAGCUAUCAAAGACACCCUGUAUUUCUUGAAUGACAAAGAAAAGACAUACGUACCCCUAACGGAGGACAUUUAUAAUUCAAUAUGUAGCAACCAACUGAAACUAUAACACACCCAAAGCAGCUGGUUGGUGGUGUUUGUAAAAGCAAGAAUCAGUUUUUAUAUAAUGUUAGAAAGUUACCAAAAUUGAUUUGAAAGUGAUUGUGUGUUUGUAUCUAGAAUCUAGUGGGUGGUUCCCUAGACCAGAUGGCUGGGAGGUCUCCUGCUCUUGAUGGGGUUACACUUCCCCUGAAGGAGCUGGUUCACAGCUUGCGGGUGUUCCUGGAUCAUUUGCUGUCGCUCGAGGCUCAGGUGGCCUCAGUUGCCCAGAGUGCCUUCCCUCAGCUUCAGCCGGUAACCCAGCUACGCCCCUAUCUGGACAGGGAUAGCUUAACUUCUGUUGUCUAUGCUCUGGUAACUUCAAAGCUAGAUUACUGCAAUGCGUUAUACGUAAGGCUGCCUCUGAAGACGAUUCGGAAACUUCAGCUAGUGCAGAAUCCAGCGGGCAGGUUGCUCACUGGAGAAAGACGGUUUGUGCAUAUUACACCGAUCCUGGUCCGACUGCACUGGCUACCAAUUAGUUUCCGGGCCCCAUUCAAAGUGCUGGUUUUGAACUACAAAGCCUUAAACGGCUCAGGACCACAAUACCUCAAGGACUGCCUCUUUUCAUAUGAACCUACCCAGACCCUGAGAUCACCUUCUGAGGCCCUUCUUUAUGCGCCUGCUCCUUGAGAGGUGCAAAGGGUGGCAACACGAGAACAGGGCCUUCUCUGCAGUGGCUCCCCAUCUGUGGAAUGCUCUCCCCAGGGAAGUUCCCCUGGCACUUUCAUUUUAUACCUCUAGGCACCAGGCAAAAACGUUCCUUUUAAACCAGGCCUUUGGUUGACCUGAUUGACAUCCUAUACCCUUUUAAAAUGUAGCUUGGGGGGCAUGUUAUUGGGUAAUUCUUAUUUUGAUUUUAUAUAUUGUGAUCUUUUCUGUGAACCACCCUGAGAUCUGUGAGUAUAGGGCGGUAUAUUAAUUCAAAUAAAUAAAUAGAAUUUUAAAUGCUAUUACGUUCUUUGUUUAACAGAUAUUUUAGUGGUGAUGGUGAAGGUGUUUUACAACUCCGCCUUCACAGUUCUGGGCAGUAUGCUUCCGAAUGCCAGUUACUGGGAAUCACAAGGCGAGAGAGUCCUGUUGCACUCAGAUCCCAUUUGUGGGUUUCUUAUAAGUAUCUGGUUGGUCACUGUGAGAGGACCUGAGGUUCUCCUUUCUGUCAUAGGAGUUCCUGUAUUCUUGUUUUACAUACACAUUCCUUUUAUGAUACGAUAUCUUUAUUGUCAUUGUCCCAUACAGAACAAUGAAAUUAGAAAAUCUACAUAAGACAUUCAGAAACCCCUUAAAAACUCUGAAACCCCAUUUUAAAAUACAAUAUACUCCUAUAGAGACUCCUUAUACUGCGUUUAAAACCAGAAUUGCAUUUGGGUAGAAACUGUUUCUCAGACGGCUAGUCCUAGUCUUCAUAACCCUGUACCUUCUUCCAGAAGGCAGAAGCUGAAAGAGAUCAUUUCCGGGGUGCGCACUAUCCUGCGCUAUCUCUGCAGCUUUCUUAUGGCACCUGGAAGCAUAGAUUUGAUCUAAGGUGGGAAGAGUGCACCCAAUUAUUCUCUCCACAGUCUUUACAACCUUGGACAGCAUUGUUUUUUCCCUGGCCGUGCAGCUCCCAAACCACACACACAGACCAUAAGUUAAUACACUCUCCACAGUACAAUGGUAAAAUGCCAUCAACAGGUCCUUUGAGAGAUUGUUUUUCCGGAGGAUUCUCAGAAAAUAUAACCUCUGCUAUGCUCUCUUCAUCAGGUCUUUGCUGUUUUUUAAAUUUAGCACUAAAAUCUGCAUGAUCUGCAUACGAGUUCCUGCCAUAUGGUUUAUUGAGUACUUGUUAUGUACUGAGUUGAAUAGGAUCCAAAAUGCAGCAGUUUGAUUGGUCCUAGAACAAUAGGAUCCAAAAUGCAGCAGUCUGAUUGGUCCCAGAACAAUAGGAUUCAGAAUGCAGCAGUCUGAUUGGUCCUAGAACAAUGCAGCAGGAUGAUUGGUCUGCAGGAGCCACCCAAUCCAGCUCCAGAUGGAAGUGAAUCCACAACCCGAUUGGCCUACAGGAGAAUUCCGGAAUUAGCCAGUCACGUGCAGCCCAUUGUGUAAAUAAUGUAUAUAAAGCAGAUACUUUGAGGGGACUUUCAUUCCUCCUCACCACUAUGAGCUGAAUAAAGAGCAUGAAAUCCA